AUGGAAUCUACCACGAAUGCCUUCCGCGCUGAGCUGAACUCGCCCGCACCAACACCGCAGACAUUGCGCUUCCUGCGUUCGAUCCUUUAUCAAGAUGGUAACGCAGCUCAAGAGUCCAAGAGCUGUUCAAAGAAAGCCCAGAAUGUCACGAAGAAGCCAGCUAGGCCUCGGCAGCCAGGAAACGCCAAAACAAAGCCUUUGCGCAAGGGCGAGUCAAGCUUCCAGAUACAUGUUGCAGCCAGAAAUGAGACCUCAGAGCUAUCCCCAGGCGAACGACGCAAACUCGCCACCGAGGCUUUAAACACCGCUCUGAGGAGACUAGGACAGGCUGCGAAAGCUGCAGGGACUGCCCCAAAGCCAUGCACGGCUGCGGACUCGCCCCCGAAGCAAUCUCAGGAUGUCAAGCCGCUUCACGAUCGUUCGCCCAAUAAAGGGACGAGGAACAGAAAUGCAGAACCUGAGAAAAAGACACCUUCCACUGGAGCAGGUGGCCUGGAGGUGACUGUUGAGUGCGCCCAACUGGCACUGCGGUUUCUGCGUGACAGCCAAAAGCGGGCAAAAGAAGCAGCUGGAGACGCUUCAUUAAACACCGAGAAUGCCGCGUUGGCAUUAUUGGACAAAACCGUCACUCUCGGUCUCGUCCAGCAAGCGCAAGAUCAGCUGAGCGAAAUACACAAGCAGUAUUGGGGAAACUUUCAAAGACCGCUUCCACCAGAGAAGUCUCUCGCACGACUCUUGCUAGGACGUCCAGACGCGGCAGAUCAGCACUCCGAAUUACGAUUCACCAUGUCAAUGCAAAGCCAAGGACUCCGCCUUGCAAUCCUGGCCGGCGCAGAAUCUCUUCGCAGUAAUGCACUGAUCCACUCGCUGCAUUUGAUGACUGUGGGAAGUCCACCUUGGGUUACUUUGCAGGGCUUCAAGAAUGGCCUCCACGACGCUGAAGCGACGGGAAUGCAGUUACGGACCAUAUCACUUGCCUUGUCGAAGCUGUACUCGACUACGCUAAAGUCCCCACGCGCAUCGUCCCCAAUGGCGCAGUUCGAGCUAUUCUGCAUAGCACUUGAUAUCAAAUUCAGUUCGUGGAAACACCUGCAUAAUACAAUUGAUCCGUCCAGAGAUGUCUGGCGCCCUUUCCAGAGCGCUGCAAAAAGAGCUUUGUCCGCUACACAAGAUGCAGCAGAAUCUAUAGCCAUCAUUGUGCGUUAUCUACUCUUAUUUCAAGGCUACCUAAAAGACGCAAAGUACGAUAACAGCAUUCCUCCCACAAUUAUCGAUACUCUAUCACAAUUUCCCCGUGAACUUCAACCUCCUACGGAGCUCCUAGACUUUUUCGAGGAUCAGAUCCAGACAGCGAACGAAGUUGAUGUUCUUCCAAUGCACUGUCUGGUCGCCCACUGGAGGCUGAAGGACUAUUCGAAAUCAACAACUUCCGUGCUCGAAGCUGUUAGCAGAGUUGAGGGAGCUUUCCAAAAAUACUCCAGCGGCUCUGGAUCCAGCCUUGAGCGUGUUUUACUCUGCGCGGCGCACCUUCGCAAGACCGUCGUCGAGGCGGUCGCUAGCAUCGCCACCUCUCGCACAGAGGACAGACCGUUGACUUCUUUGUGCGAAAGUGCGCUUUCACUGUUAUACUGUUCGUGUACAGUGCUAUGCACCCAAGUACUUUCGAGAUUGAGCUGCGUUGAGGGGAAUAGCAACGAUUCUACUGUACAGGCCUUAUUCUCUACACUAGUCAAGAACAUCGAGGCUGUCUUGGAUGUUGAUAGGUACGUCACGGCAAAAACAUCAGACACCGCAGAGGAAGCUUUGAGAACAUGUUCCGCAACGUUGGACCGGCUUCAGCUCCACAUCUCAGGCACGCCUAUGUUUGCCUCUAUGUGCCACAUGGUCGGUCACUUGCGUGUACGGCUCUCGAAUGCCUGGUGGUCUCGUUACCUCAAUGCUGUCAAAAGGAGGAGCCUUCAAGAACAGUUACAGGCCUUGAAACUGUCGGUACAUGGCCUUGCAACGUUGUCUAAUGAUCAGCAGAAGGCUGCCUAUCUUGGACUCAAGCACGAAAGGCUUGCUUCAUGUUAUAUUGAUCUAAGCGAUCUUGUUAUGGCCCGUGCUGCCAUUACAAGCGCCUUUGAUUUUUACCUUAGCGAAGGAGCUCUCGACGAGAUCGUCGAUUUAUCUUUGAGAGGGCCUUUUGAUCGAGCGUGGUCUGAAUCUCAGACCAAACCCAAAAUUUUCACGAAGAUCCUUACGACUUAUACUCGCUUGACUCUGCAACUAUCCUCCACAGUCGCAACCACGCACCUUCUUCUGGAUCGCGAGUCAUUGGCUCCGGCUAAUCGUGCGAUUUUGUUGGAAAAGCAGGUAUAUACCUUGGCUGAGGCAGAGUUGACCAAACCUCAAUUCAGAAUUGGUGCUACUUCGACACAGCUUCUCUUGGAUCUCCUCCAGCAAGACCAAUAUCGGGUAUGCAGAUUGAGACUCGCCAGUAAUCUGCUGUACUGGGCCCUGAAGAAGAGGCUUUCCCCAGUGCAGUGUCUUAUUGACCCAGCAACUGUCAACAAGCUCUUGCAAAGUGAACAAACCCAGCAAGAAGGCAUCUUUCUACAUCCAUACGAGUCGGGGCUUCGCUCUGUCAUCUCACUUCAACAAGGUCUUUUUCUAGGCGGGACGACUAGCAAACAGCUAGAAGUAUCGCUGCGGAAACUAUUACAGUUAAUCUCGCAAUGCAGGAAUGCCAACGAUCUAAGCAAGUUUUUCGACAACCUGGAAGUGGUAGCCUCAGCUGUUCGUUCUUCUGUCGACUAUGCCAGUUACCUGGAAAACUACGUGGCCAAGUCUUCAGCCUUAGAGAUUCUGAGCUGCAUGCAGGACUUUGGCACCCAGUUUCGGGAGUCAUCGAAAUUGUCUAUUCUUCUGCAGCGCGCAGAACUCCAUGACAAUAUACAGGAUCCAACGUCGGCUGCGAAAUUCUUUGCUCAAUUUGAGACAACCCUAGAAAGUGAACCAACUGACGAUGUCCUUGAGGCUGAAUUUGCCCUGGCAUACGCAGAGCACCAUCUCGAGGCAAAUAAUAACGAUCAGUGCUUCCGCUGGAUUGAACGCGCCCAAGCCAAAUGGAAAAAUUAUCGAACAUUUACGAAAUCUAGCCAUAUGCGUCUUCGCGAACAGACUAUCCUCUGUCGUGCUGCCAUUAUCACAUCGCGAGCCACUUUCCGCCGAGGUGAGCUCCUGGAAGCGAUUAUCAACGGCAGGCAAUCGGUCAAGAUUGCAGCAGCUCUUUGGAUGUCGCUCGAAAAGGUAUGGAAUGUCGACGAUAAUGUGGUGAGGGAUGACUCCAAUGACUCAAGCCUGCACAACUUGACAGUUGAUUUAUCGAAGCUCGAGCUGUCGUUGCAACCCACUACCGGAUUGGCCCCUGAUACAGCACGGUUUUGGCGUCAGAUUGGGCUACAUAACUCCGCUUUCAGAAACCUGGCAUCGCUUACUGCUCACUGUGGUCUUUAUCAAGACGCUGUAUACUUCUACGAACAGGCGUUAAGAGUUGCAAAGAAGACAAAAUCAUGGUCUCAAGUAAACUUAAUAUCGAGCGAGCUUGCUUUGGUUCAUGCACGUGCCGACGAAUUCAACAAAGCUGAGGCGGCAAUUCUAGGAAUGACAUCUGAUUCCUUGGAUCAAUCGAGCUCAAUUCCCCAAGCACAGGCUGCCAUCAACCAGGGUGAACUCUACCUGCGUCUGAAUAAUCUCUCGCUCUGUCAUCGGUAUAUUGAUGAUGUGGUUCGGUCACUAGCAUCGAAGGCGAGUUCAGUGAAUUCACAAAUGAAGGCACCCCAGAAGGAGAGGGUGAAAAGCUUGAAACCGCAAUCACGGGCCGCAGCCAAGAUACCAACUGCACAACCGAGAGCAAAAACCGUCCCUAAAUCUGAACGCGACACUCAUGACAAGUCGCCCACAUAUGCACAGCCUCAGGCUUUGAAGGAGUUGGCCCAUCAAGUUGCUGCUCUCCAGAUGAGGCUGAACUUGGUGAAAAACACUACAGAUAUGACAGCAAUAGAAGACGAUCUCUCAACGACAUGGAGCAACAAUCAGGAAUGGAACAAUGCAACAGUAGAAGCUCUGGGCUUGGUUCAGUCUGCCUUGAGGAUUUUUGCUCAGGAUACAAGCACCAAUGUACUCGCAGAGACAGCGAUGGCUCUUCCCGUGAGAUAUAAGUCUGCUAGAAAGAGUGGAAGAUUUUCGUUUGUGCAGAGAGCAGCAUCUCCCAGCUUGACCAAAAAGACAGCACGUGGUACGAAGGAGAACCGCAGUCGAGGGGGACAAGAAUCUGCCCAAGACGGUAAGGAACUGUUGGUUCGAGCGUAUGAAACUCUUGAACGAAUGAAGGACACCGCUGAAGCUGAAAUAUCCUCCGAAGAGGUUCAUGCAGCUCACAAGCUCUUGACCAAGGUAAGCUUGCUCUCAACAUCGUUGGGUCAAUCUCUUGUCAGUUCAUCAAUGGAUCUUAUCCUCGACGUGCUGGCCCCUAUGGACAUUGCAAGGGCUCGCGAGCGGUUGGUCAUUGAGAGUGAACAGGUUACCUCUAGUACGGCAUUUGUUCAAAGUUGGCCGAAGAUCAAUAGCUUCAGGGAUUCGCGCACAGCAACACAUUGGCAGUACAAUGCUGACCUCGAUACCGGAAUGCUUCCGAGAUCAUGGUCGGUAGUCUCUCUGUGCCUGAGUGAGGAUCGCAGCGAGCUACUUGUCUCACGAAUCAACUCACACCGCUCGCCAUUUGUUAUCAGAAUCCCGUUGUCUCGACCAGACAUGUCAGAAACAGAGAACGAAGACCUCGAUUUUGCCAGUGCCAAGGCAGAAAUGCAACGCAUAAUAGCUGCAGCAAACAUAUCAGCGCACGACUCUCGUGGAAGCUCACCCGAUAAAACAGUUAGAAAAGCGUGGUUUGCCGAACGACAAACUUUGGAUCGACAGCUGGCACUUUUGCUUGAAAACAUUGAGAAUGUAUGGUUUGGUGGCUUUCGCGGACUGCUGUGCGCGUCUGAUGUGGACGAAGAGUUGUUGUCAGACUUCGGGCAGAUCAUUUCCCGCACACUCGACCGGCAUCUUCCAUCCAGACAGAAAUCUUCUAAGCACACUGUCGACAAGGUUGAACUACACAACCACGUGAUGGAACUGUUUCUUACUCUCGGCAAUCCUGAGACGAUGGAACUAGAGGAUUCCAUAACCGAUUUACUGUACUUUGUGGUGGAUAUCCUCCAAUUCAACGGCGAGAAGAAUGCUUACGACGAAAUCGAUUUCGAUGCGAUGUUGGUGGAAGUCCUGGAUGCACUCCAGACAUACCACAAUCAGAAGUCAAAACGCGCGGCGGAGCGCAGUCAUACGAUAAUGAUCUUGGACAAGGCAUUGCAACUGUUUCCGUGGGAGUCCAUGUCGUGUCUGAAGGGACGGUCCGUGUCGCGAAUGCCAUCUGCGGCUGCGGUUUGGACGCGAUUGCGACAGAUGCAUGACCAACCACACGAUCAAGAUGGCAUUGUCAUCCCGAGUUCAGACGGUGCAUAUAUUCUCAACCCUUCGUCGGACCUCGUGUCGACCCAAGAUACGUUCGAGCAGCUCUUCAAGAGCCAACUUCCCACGUUCGAAGCAAUAGUCAGUCGACCCCCGAAAGAGCCGGAGUUCGAGAGCAUUCUGCACGACAAAUCUUUGAUGCUUUAUUUUGGACACGGAGGAGCUGCCCAAUACAUUCGAGGCCGGACGAUCCGCAAGUUGGACAAAUGUGCGGUCACAAUGCUCAUGGGUUGCAGCAGUGCUAAGAUGACUGAAUGUGGAGUGUACGAGCCAUACGGCAUGCCCUGGAAUUACAUCAACGGAGGCAGCCCGGCUGUGGUAGGAACACUGUGGGAUGUGACAGAUCGUGAUAUCGAUCGCUAUGCCAUGGAGGUGAUUGCAGAAUGGGGAUUGAUCGAGUGCGAUGGUGUCACAGAUUCAAAGACCGGCUCCAGGAAGAAGGCCUCUGCAAAGGGCCACAGCACAGCAAAGGGGCGCUCUAUCACACAGCAGCGUGGAAAGGUUUCGUUGGACGAGGCGGUGGCACACGGACGGGAUUCAUGCUUGCUGAAGUAUCUGAAUGGAGCUGCGCCCGUAAUGUACGGAGUCCCGGUCUUUUUAGAAUGA